UACUAGGUUUGUUUUUAUUUUCUCGUUUCAAAGCUUAAUUUGCGUUUAAUUAUGUAAAUAUAUUUACCUGAUUUGUUAGCGCUGUAUUUGUGUGUUUCAUAACAGGUUUCGCGACGCGUCGCAGUUGUUUCUUCGGCCAGCAAACGACGUUCCUGCACCUGUUGCGCCUUGCCCACCAAAUUGUUUUUGCCAUUUCCAGUGCAAACCUGCGUUUGGCCUUUUUUAUGCCCUUUCCACGUACGUUUCCACUGGCCGAUAAUUAAUUGCGUCGAAGGAAUCCUCAACGAAACAUGGGCAACACGAGUUCCAAGGGCGAGUCGGACGCCAGUGAGCCGCCCCUGGAGGGGGGCAGGCAGCUGCACAGGCACAAGGGCAGCCAAGAUUCCACCUCCCACCUCCCCCAAAACUCUGACGUGGGCGGCGGCGGCAGUCACAACAACAGUUUGAAGGUGCAGCAGGCGCAGGGCUCGAUGACCAGGUCCGCCUCCGGAGCGGAUGUCACCGAGAAGUACCUCACCCAGCUGGUGCCGGUCGAGAAGCUGGCCGAGAUCCUCCGCGAGCAGACGUCGGCCAAGCUGGGCAUUAAUGGCAUUGUGGCCGAUGUCUUUGUGUCACAAGUAUUUCCCCAAUACACCGACCUCGGACAGCGGCUCUUCCAGCUGAUGCACUCCAACUCCAAGGCCACCACGAGGCAUCUGGGCGCUGUGGCCUUCCGGCAGCAGUGCGAACGCUUUCUGGGCAUCAUGGACGACUCGAAGACGCUGGAGUGCUACAUCAAGAUGUACGCCCAGGAGGAUAAUCCCGAACUGAUCGACAAGACGGGCGUCACGCGGCUCCUGCACAUCUGCUACACCAUUGCCAUGCAGCACUCGGGCAACGCGGUGCUCUGCUCGGCCAUCAAUCGCACGUUUGGAUCGGUGACCAAGUCCAUUUUCCUGUGCCACGACAGCAUGAGCCUGGGCUACGUUUGCCGCUGGUUCGAGCAGAACCUAAUGCGACUGGUGCUCCUCGUCCACAAGUACUGCGUGCACACUUUGUCCACCGCCUAUCGCGGCUUGGAGCUGCAGAACCAGUCCUGCGGCAUUGAGCUGCAGACUCCGGUGCUGGAGCAGCGCAAUCCCUUCACAGACACCACGGACCACAGUGGCGGAGGCGGCGGACGGGACAUGGACUCCCUGAUGCCCCUCUCACAGGCCUGGCUGCUGGCCGGAGCUCUGCCGCCGCUCUACUCCAAGCCGCAGACCGUUGCCCCGCCGGCCAGCAGCAAGGGAAACAACAAUGUGAGCGCCUCAACAGCCGUGCAGAUCUUCAAGGAGAAGCUCUCGAUGAUGCCCUCGCACUGGACGCUGCUGUACGACUCCAACGAGCAUGGCGUCGGGGCCAAUCGGUUUCUGCACCACGUCCUCGGCUACCGCGGACCCACGCUCGUUCUGCUGCACACCAAGGACGAGCAAACGUAUUGCGUGGCCUCGCCCAGUGAGUGGAAGGAAACCCAUCUGUUCGUCGGCGGCGAAGGCAGCUGUGUCAUCCAGCUGCUGCCCAAGUUUGUGAUACUGGAGAAGAAGCCCAACAUUCUGUACCUUAACACCAGCAUACGCGGCUAUCCGAAGGGACUGCGUGCCGGCGCCGAUCCGCGCAAGCCCAUUAUAGCAGUCGACGAGCAUUUCGAGAAUGUGGACUGCAAGGGACUGGCCGCAGGACUCAUGUCGAUAGAGGUCUGGGGCUGCGGCGAUAAAUCAUCACGCGAAGUGCAAUUGGACAUCAAGAAGUGGCAGAUCAAGGAGGCCGAGCGACAGCGGACGGUGAAGCUCACGGCCGCCGAUUGGAUGGACCAUCCGGAUCGGUACCUCCUCGAGCUGGGCGGCAGGCAGAACUACAACAAUUGAUCGGAGCUGCU